UCUGCGCGUCCUGCGGCUGGUAGUGUUGGCCGGCACCCAUCCUCAGUCAGGGCGGCCCGGAGCGAGCAGGGGGGUUUGGGCAGCCUCCCCGCGCUUCUGGUCUCGGAUGGAUGUGUCGGGCCCGGUUUCUCGGCGGGCGGCCGCGGCGGCCGCCACCAUGCUACUCCGCACCGCCCGUGUGCCGCGGGAGUGCUGGUUUCUGCCCACCGCGCUGCUCUGCGCCUAUGGCUUCUUCGCCAGCCUGCGGCCAUCCGAACCUUUCCUGACGCCCUACCUGCUGGGACCAAACAAGAACCUGACUCAGCGGCAGGUCUUCAAUGAGAUUUACCCAGUAUGGACUUACUCUUACCUGGUGCUGCUGUUUCCUGUAUUCCUCGCCACAGACUACCUCCGUUAUAAACCUGUUGUUCUGCUGCAGGGAUUCAGCCUUAUUGUUACAUGGUUCAUGCUGCUUUAUGCCCAGGGACUGCUGGCCAUUCAGUUCCUGGAGUUCUUUUAUGGCAUCGCCACAGCCACUGAAAUUGCCUAUUACUCUUACAUCUACAGUGUUGUAGACUUGGGCAUGUACCAGAAGGUCACAAGCUACUGUCGAAGUGCCACCUUAGUGGGCUUCACAGUGGGCUCUGUCCUAGGACAAAUUCUUGUCUCGGUGGCAGACUGGUCCCUGUUCAGCCUGAAUGUUGUCUCUCUCACGUGUGUUUCUGUGGCUUUUGCUGUGGCCUGGUUUCUGCCUAUGCCACAGAAGAGCCUCUUCUUUCACCACGUUCCUUCAUCCUGCCAGGGAAUGAAUGGCAUCAAGGUACAAAAUGGUGGCAUUGUUACUGACACCUCUGCUUCGAACCACCUUCCUGGGUGGGAGGACAUGGAGUCAAAAAUCCCUUUAAAUCUAGAGGAGCCUCCCGUGGAGGAACCGGAACCCAAGCCAGACCACCUCCGUGUGUUGAAGGUGCUGUGGAACGACUUCCUUAUAUGCUACUCCUCGCGUCCCCUGCUCUGCUGGUCUGUGUGGUGGGCCCUCUCCACCUGUGGCUAUUUCCAAGUCAUCAACUACACACAGGGCCUGUGGGAGACUGUGAUGCCUUCUCCCCAUGCUGCUAUCUACAAUGGUGGAGUGGAGGCCGUUUCAACCUUACUCGGUGCAAUUGCUGUAUUUGCGAUUGGUUACGUAAAAAUCUCUUGGUCCACUUGGGGAGAGAUGAUGUUGUCCCUGUGUUCUCUCCUGAUUGCUGCUGCUGUGUAUAUCAUGGACACCGUGGGUAACAUUUGGGCGUGCUAUGCGUCCUAUGUCGUCUUCAGAAUCAUCUACAUGUUACUCAUCACAAUAGCAACAUUUCAGAUUGCUGCAAACCUCAGUAUGGAGCGCUAUGCGCUGGUGUUCGGUGUAAAUACCUUCAUUGCCCUGGCUCUACAGACGGUGCUCACUCUGAUUGUGGUGGACGCCAGUGGCCUCGGCUUGGAAAUCACCAUUCAAUUCCUGAUCUACGCCAGUUAUUUUGCAAUCAUCGCUGUGGUUUUCCUGAUUGGUGGUGCAGUCAGUGUUGCGAAGAAAUGCAGAAAGCAGGAAGAUCCAGAGUCAAGUCCUCAAGUAACCACUUCAUAAGAUACUGCUGAAGAGCUGCUUCUUACAGCAAAAACUCUGCACAGCAACUGCCUGGAUGUAUUUAAUAUUUUUAAGGUUCAAACAAAUAUUUAUGAAUGUGCAUUUCAUGGCUUCAAAGCAGCUAUUUGACUAAUCCCUUGUAUUCCUGGGGUAUCAAGAUACUGUUGACACAAGCGAGAAGUGAAGUUUAUUUCAUGGAUUAUUUGAGAGUUAAUUCAACGAUAACUUCUUUCUGAUUGAGCAGUGAAGCUGAUUUUGAAAACCAAGUAAUCAAGAGCAAUCAAGCAGCACAUAGUGUUGUAUACUUGAUCAGUGAGCAUGUUGGAUGUUUUGUAGGUCAUACACAUCUAUGUCCACUUACCCACACUCUGGGCCUGGUGGGACUAGGGCUUCAAAGAGGCCCCGGGACAUUAUAAGUAACGAUAGACAUAUGUUCUACCAGCACGUGUGUCUAUCAACCUUCAUUCUGAUUUCUGUGUUACUCUUGUGCAUUUGUGUUUCUACAGAUGAAUGUUGUUCCUAUGACUGGCAAUAUUUGCUCUGGUUUAAUGUCUAAGGAGUAUGUGUCAUUUCUAAUUUUAAGUUAUUUUUAGAAAAUUCAUUGUAUGGGAACCAGUGUUCCUGGUUCCCAUGCUUUACAUUAUGUAUUAUGUAAACUUUCUUUAGAAAUACAUUUUUGCUUUAUUCAUAUGCUUCCCAGAGAAGCUCAUUUAGUAAGAAAGGAAGGCAAGUUUUAAAGCCUUCUUAUCCAAAUGAAGAGACCUAAUCAGAAAACUUAGGUUUACUUGUCUAUAAUACUUCAGUGUGAAGGACUGUUAAUGCCGUGAUGAAAAAUCAUACAUGGGCUAAAGAUACAACCAGCCCAUUUUGUAUUUCCCUUCCCUUUUAUUUCCACAAUGAAAUGAAAAUAUCUUUUUCUUUAAAAUAACUUCAUUCCCAUUUAUAGCUUUUAUAUGAUUUUGAUUUUCUUAUUCAUGAUAAAGAUGUCGUUAGGAGUUGGAUAAUUCCAAAGCCUUUUUCAUGAACUGAGCCUCUUUCUAAUUAUUUCAGUGGGGUCUUUGAUUCCUGCAUUUUUGUACCUUAAAUCUGCCUUUGUUUCUAAAGGUGGAUCAUCUUGAAUAUUUGUUUAAAUAAAAUGUUGCUAGCAAUUCCAUUUCCAAGUUAACUUGAAAAGCAUAUUGUUCUAUAUGCAUUUAAUUCUGCAGUCUACUAAGGGACUGCUAAUAUUUGUGAGACAUGAAAAGUAUUUCCAAGCCAACUUUUUUGCCUUAUUUGGAAAAGCAUGUAGGUAGGUCUUUUAACUGGGGUGUUAACUUUUUUAGAAUGACACAGCUUCAUAGUGGUAAUAAUAGUGUCAGUUGAAGACUUGACAUAUUCAUUGGUUUAAGCAAGGAUCCUAGAAGCAAAAUAGGUACGAAAAGAAUAGGUCAUUCCCAUUCACCUUAUUACCUUACUUAAUAGUUACAGGAAAGGAAAAGAACACUAGCCAAGGAAGGGAAAGCAAAGUAUGUCAUAAAUUAGCAUGCUCCAAUUUAAUAUUGUCUCUUUUUUGCUGUUCUCUUUUUGCUCUGUAAGAAGUUAUCCACAAUGAGUAGAAAAGCUCUGUUUGAGAGAUUUUAAUUUUUUUUUUUAUGAAAUGAACUAUGGUAUAAUCAAACUGUUCAUAUUACCAAAGGAGUGUUUCCCUAGAAUUUAACCCAUAUUUUGUGACAUCCCGCCAGAACCUGUAUGUAUUUAAGACAAGAUUAUAUUCCCAUCUUGGUGAAUGGCCAUAGAACGGAGAGUACAGUGUGCUAGUUGUACUGUAUAGUUUUACAAAGAAAUGAAAUAAUUUGUUGUACUUUUCAAUUCUGUAUAGAUUAUAAAAUUAUUUUUAUGAAAUAAAUAUUUUACAGUAUA